AAAACAACCUUUUAUGGAGACGGCGAGGAUGAUCAAGGAGAACAUUGCUCUGUCCAUGACCGCGUCAACGACUGCGUCGCUCCAAGCGGCGCACGACAUAAUGUUGAAAUGUCAUGUCCUCACGGAUCUAGAGAUCAUUCUCGGAACUCAUCCGGAAAGUGAGGAGGAGCGUACGAAGACGAUAUCUCUUCUCGAAGGCCGGUGCGAAGUUAUCGGAGCAUAUUUCAACGAUCGGCAGUACGUGCUAGGAAUUCAGAGGGCAGCUAUGCAACUGUUGAGACCAACAUUCUCCGACCUGGACAUCUCCGGGUUGUGGCUUGCCAGCUCUCGACUGGCUCGGAAGACAAACUCCUUACAUCAGUCGUUCAAUGCAGUGCUGCAUGCGUCCCAGCUUGGGGAUGAUGCAGCUACCAUUGAGAACGCAAAGCUGCUGUUCAGAGAUUCACAUCAUCGCAAAGCAAUCCAGAUGCUCCAGGGAGCCAUCGAGCAGAAUAAGUUUAUGACGAAAUCAGGGUCAUCGCUCAGUAUGGGAUCCGCCAGCAGCUUAAACUCUCAGCAGAAGCUGCUCACAGCCCGCGCACAGCUUCUCCUGGCGAAAUGGCUUGAUGCAGCGGGCCAGACGCACGCAGGCGCCCUGCGUGAAAAGUAUCAGCAGCCACCCAAGACGUUCUCAACAUGGGAGAAGGGCCACUAUUACCUCGGCCGCCAUUACAAGAAGAUAUUAGAAUCAGAACAGCCGCUGAAAGUUGAUGAUCAGAGCGACAACUAUGUCACGGGCGAGAUCGCCAGGCUCGUCAUUGAGAAUUACGUGCGGUCCUUGAAUUCGGGAACCAAGUACUUGUAUCAGACUCUGCCAAGGAUACUCACGCUUUGGCUGGACCUCGGGGCGCAGGUUGACAAGGCACCGGAAGGCAAG